AUGGACGCGGGUUUUUUUCGCGGUGCCAGUUCAGAACAAGAUGGUCGAUUCACGGAUAAAGAAAAGAAAUUGUUGAAAACGAUGAAAUUUGAAACUCAACUUGAAACAAAAAUAGAUAUGAAUAGAGUGAACUUGGAUAUCAUUAAACCAUGGAUAACAUUGAGAAUAAAUGAAAUGUUGGGAUAUGAAGAUGAUGUUAUUAUUGAAUAUAUUCUUGGACAAUUGGAAACAAAAGAAAUGAAUCCGAAGUUGUUACAAGUUAGUUUUAACUACAAAAAAUAUCUUUAUUACUUCAUAUUUCAGAUAAAUGUGACUGGCUUUUUGAAUGCUCGCCGUGCUCGUGUUUUUGUUGGAGAAUUGUGGAACUUGUUUAUUGAAGCGAAUGAAUCAGAAGAUGGUAUUCCCAAAACUCUUGUUGAUAAAAAAUUGGAAGAAAUGAAACUAAACGAUGUGAAAAAAGAUGGUAAUGAUCGAGAAGAAAGUGAUUGGACACACAGGUUAGUUUUUCUAUUUAUAUUUAAGAUCCCUAAUCGUAAAACGGCUAACAGCUUUUAAAAUUUUACCAAAUCUCAUUAAAGAAAGUUUAGCUCUAACAUCCACAAAGACUGUUCAAUCAUGGUCAUCUCCGUGGUAUUCGUUAAAAGGUAAGAUCUCAUAAAAUCUGGGUCUUUAUUUCAGAUACAAAAACUUGUCAAAUGGUCGAUACACAGGUCCAACCAAAGAAAAGAUUGUACGAGAUGAUAGAAUACCAACACGUGGAUUAUCACCUAGAAAAUCACCUCCUCGAAGAAAUGCAAGUCGUAGUCCAAGAAGAAAUAGUCCACCAAGAGUUAGUUUGAAUUUAAAUAUCGGGUUUGAGGGUUUUUUUUUUGAAAAUAAUAAUAAUAAAAAAAGUAAAGCUGUAACAUUUUAGCGCGAUAGAGAACUUGAUAAAGAAGCAAUGGAAGAAAGAGAAAAACGGCGACAAGAAAGAGAAAAAGAACGAGAAGAAGAAUCUAAACGACGAGAAAUAGAAAGAAACAAAAGACGACAAGAAGAAAAAGAAAGAGAUGAAAAGCGACGUGAAAAACCAAGAAGAUCUAGAAGUCGCUCAAAAUCUCCUGAAAAACGAAGACGUUCUAUUUCGGGAUCGCCAAAGCGAAGAAAAUCGCCCGCUUCACCACCAAGACGAAACAUUUCGCCAUCAAGGUCACCACCAAGGCGACGAAGAUCGCCGUCAAAAUCACCAAGAAGACGUAGAUCAGUUACUAGAUCAACAUCGCCGCCAAUUCGGAGACGAAGUCGUUCACCGAUCAUGAGAAGAAGAUCUAGAAGUCCACCAAGACGUUCACCACCAAGAAGAAGAUCGCGAUCCCCGCCAAGAAGAGAUAAAUCGCCACCAAGAAGACGAUUCACUGAAAAGGUUGAACCAAGAAGAAAAAGGUUUGUAAUGUAGAGAAUGUGUAAAAAACGAAAAAAUGAAAUAUUUUCAGAUAUGAUUCGGAAGAAGACAGUGAGAGUGAUAAACCAACUAAAAAACGAAAACAUGAAUCGAGCAGUGAAGAUUCAGAAGAAGAAGAACGGCGUCGGAAGAAAGCGAAAAAAGAGAAGAAAUUGAAAAAACAUAAGAAGGUAUAUAAAUUUCUUCAUUUUGUUUUAGUAAUAACGAAAAUUUAUUGAAUAUUUAUUUCAGGAAAAGAAGAAGAAGCAUCGAAAACGUACACCAACUCCUUCCGGUUCAAGUUCUGAAAGCGGUUCUGAUUAA